AUGUUGGUUUCUUUCUCUGUUUUGCAGUCUCAGCAGAAGUGCAUUGUGAUCUUUGCUUUGGUGUGCUGCUUCGCUGUGCUGGUGGCGCUGAUUUUCUCGGCUGUGGAUGUUUGGGGUGAAGACGAGGAUGGGAUUACGGAGGAGAACUGCAGCAAGAACUGCAGUGUAGUGCUCGUGGAGAACAUCCCAGAGGACAUCUCCUUCUUCGAGAAUGACACCUCCCACCUCCCUCUCUCAGUGGGGCUUUACAACUUAUUGGACCGAGCUACUCGGAGUGUAGAAAUAGUUUCCCCGCUGUGGUCUCUCAACUCCUCGGACUAUGAAUCCAGCUUCCAUCCUGCCGCCAGACAGGGCAGGGCUCUGCUGUCCAGACUACAGGGGCUGACAAAGAGAGGAGUCCAGCUAAAGAUCUCAAGCGGAAUAAUCAACUCAACUGAGCUGGAUGUACUCGCCAAACACUAUGCCGAGGUCCACUACAUUAACAUGUCCAUACUGACAAAAGGCAACCUGCACUCAUCCUUUUGGGUGGUCGACCGGACACAUAUCUACAUCGGCAGCGCCAGCAUGGACUGGAGAUCUCUGGCCACAAGGAAGGAGCUGGGCGUGUUGGUGUUCAACUGCAGCUGUCUGGCUCUGGACCUCCACAAAGUGUUCAGCCUCUACUGGGGGCUCCAGUAUAAAGAGUUCAUCCCUUCUUUCUGGUCAAAGCGCCUCUUUGCAGUCUCCAGCAGAGACAGUCCGCUGGAACUUGAGAUCAACAACACAAAAGCUCUUGCCUUUGUCUCGAGUUCGCCAGACGUUUUCAUCCCCAAAAAUCGCAGCAGUGAUCUGGAGGCCAUUUCCAGGGUCAUACAAGAGGCUCGCCAUUUCAUAUACAUCUCCAUUAUUGAUUAUCUGCCUCUCCUCAGCAGCAGUACUCAAAGAUACUGGUCCCGUAUUGACGGUCUUAUAAGAGAGGCUCUGAUCUUGAGGAAGGUGCGGGUCCGCCUGCUGAUAAGUUGCUGGGAAAACACUCAUCCACUUACCUUCAACUUCAUCUGGUCCCUGAGGAGUCUGUGCAUGGAGCAGGCUAACUGUUCGCUGGAAGCAAAGUUCUUCAACCCCAGAGUGCAGAGGGAUGGCAGUCACUAUGGAAUAAACCAUAACAGGUUUAUGGUCACAGACAGAGCCAUUUAUUUGGGUAACCUUGAUUGGGUGGGGAAUGAGUUUGCCUUUAAUGCAGGAGCAGGCCUUGUGAUCGUUCAUCCAGAAGGCCUCGAGGAGAGAAACGUCACAGUUGUGGAGCAGUUACAAGCUGUUUUCGAGAGGGAUUGGUUUUCACGUUACACCCGUGCGGUGCAGAGUAAUAAAAUCCCAGUGUGCAGCAAGCGCCAGUUUAACAAGAUGGUAACAGUCAAAGCAAGCCACAUAGACACAGGGCCAGUGCCUCUCAGAAAAGGCCAGCAUGACAGCAGACCUGCAACCCUGAGAAGCCCUCAUAAAGUGGAUGGACUGUCACCCGAUAGAGCAAAUCACAACGAAGACAGGCUAAGAACAGUUAGUCACCAAAGUAUUGCCAAUGGAAAUGUGCCAAAUACAGACAAUUACCAAGAGAAAGCUCAAAUAAAAAGAAAUCCCUCGGAUGAGAGACUGGUUCAAAUCAAAGAGAAUCAUGGGAGUCCCACGGAUCCAUCCAGUCAUUCAGCUGAGAGCAGUGGAUUCAGGGAUAUGCCCUAUGGAUCUCAGUGACUGCCAUUUCAUUUUGUUUGGAGAAAUGCUCUCUUCCAGUGUCUCUGGACUUCUACCAUUGGGUGUUUGUAGCAUUUUACUGCUUUAAUUCUGUCAUAAACAAGCUCUAAAGAUUGAAAUCUUAUCUGGUUUGCAAGACUCUAGUCCAGGAAGAGCUUAGAUGGAAAAAGCAAACCCACAACUGCGGUCUGACACUUUGGACAGGAAAACCAAAACAAUAUAUGGUUAGCUUUGCACACAAAUAUAUAUUACACAACUGCUAAUAGUUUUUUUCUCUUUUUAAUGAGGGUUCUCAAUCAAACGAAUGAAAUGCUUUUGAUUGCCUGAAUCUUGAUCCCCUUUAAAAGGUAGAAUAAUAGACCCAUACCUAUGCAGAGAAAGGAGGCUAUACAGUAUGUGUAGCUACAUCAGGCAUACAAAAUAACACCAAAUCAUCAGAGAAUGUAUUGGACAACUUUAUUUAUUGUCGACUUUCUCUCUUUGUGCUCUGGUGUAAUUAUUCAAUAUGAAGGCACCGGUUUAUAAGGUGUAAAUUUGUUCUAAUACAAUUAAAGGAAGAGGCGGUGGUGUGGUGGUUAGCACCAUCGCCUCUCAGCAAGGGGGUUCUGGGAACCAGGACCUUUCUGUGUGGAGUUUGCAUGGAGUUUUGCAUGCUCUCCCUGUGUCUGCGUGGGUUCUCUCCAGGUUCUCCGGCUUCCUCCCACCGUCCGAAAACCUGCAUGUUAGUUGACUGGACAUUCCAAAUGUCCCUUAGGAGUGAUUAUGAGUUUGGGUGGUUGUUCGUCCUUGUGUGUCUCUGUGUGGCCCUGCAAUGGACUGGCGGACUGUCCAGGGUGUAUCCUGCCUCUCUCCCUUUGACUAGUGGGAUAGGCUCCAGUCCC